UGCAGCACUGGACCAUCCGCGGGCCCGAGGCCAGCCUGGCCCAGCUCAUCAGCGCCCUCCGCCAGCACCGCCGCAACGACGUGGUGGAGAAGAUCCGAGGCCUGAUGGAGGACACCACGCCGGUGCAAAUGCAGCCUCAGUGGCAAGCGCAGGACCCCUGCCACGACAACGGAAAGCUGGAAGCUGACAGACUGGCACUGCCGGUGAGCCCCAGCCCGCUGAGCCCUGCGCCCAGCCCCAGCCCCAAGCCCCCCGAGGCGGCCGUCCUCACCGUGGAGCCCUCUCCUUCGGAGAAGAAAUGCUUCUUCGUCGAUGAAGCGGAGCCCCUCCUGCGGUGCGACUCGACCUCCAGCGGCUCCUCCGCGCUCAGCCGGACAGGCUCUUUUAUUACCAAAGAAAAGAAGGACACCGUCCUGCGCCAGGUGCGCUUGGACCCUUGCGACCUGCAGCCCAUCUUUGAUGACAUGCUGCACAUCCUCAACCCCGAGGAGCUCCACGUGAUAGAGGAGAUCCCACAGGCUGAAGAUAAGCUGGACAGACUAUUUGAGAUUGCCGGAGUCAAGAGCCAGGAAGCCAGCCAGACCCUCCUGGACUCUGUCUAUAGCCACCUUCCCGACUUACUGUAGGCCCUGGGUCACCACACACUCUCCGAAUAUCUGCUAGAGCUAGCUUGGCACUUGUUAAGACGACCGACAAUACGCAGGCAGGUUUUGUUGUAGAAUAUAUGGCCAGUAUUUUUGCUGAGGUGUCCUUGGUUUCUGGAGGGGGGGCAGUUUGCCAGCAUUGCACCCCUCCACCUCAACUCUAUCGCUCAGUCCAAGUCUUUGCGCCCUCUGCCCCCUUCCCAAGCAUCUCUGCUCCUUGUUCUCAUUCCAGUCAGAUCAGUCGAUGCACUUUAAAAAAAAAAAAAAAAAA